AUGUUCCCAUGGUCAGCGGUGUUCUCCCUCGAGCCCAAGGUGCCCGGGCAGCGCACGUCCGAGGAGCUGGUCAUCAACACGCUGAUGCUGGAGCUGGGCGCCAUGGUGAAGCGCACGGAGCGCGUGCGUCUGGAGCGGGCCGCCCAGGGCCGCCGGCGCCUCAGCUCCUCGUCCUCGGUGGACUACAGCUGGCUGGCCUCGGUGCCGGUCAAGGCCCCGUUCGAGCUCACGCCCAGUGACGUGAUGGGCCUGCAGGAGCUCUGCUCCAAGAUCCCGCCACAUCUCUGUGGCCCCUCCAUCGUCAGGUUCCGGAAGCUGGUGACCGAGAUGGAGCCCGACGUGCAGGAGGUGCCGCGUCUGUUCCGCACCGUGCUGCUCAACGUGCUGGAGGAGAUGGAGAGCGAGGCCGAGAUGCAGGCCCGCGCCAGCCAGUGGGACAAGCAGCGCAGCAAGAGCCUGUCCUUCGUCAGCUUCCGCUCGCGCUUCCGCUCGGCCCGCGGCCCCGGCGGCUUCCUGGGCGGCUCCCGGGGCAACCUGCAGGAGCAGGUGUGGAUGGACGAGGACGAGGAGGAGGAGGAGGUGCCCGAGAAGGUGGCGGUGCAGCGAGGGGCGAGGAGGGGGCGCAGCAGGAGCAUGCCGGAGAUCACCCCCAUGGAGCAGAGAGUCCACAGCUGA